GCGGGGCAGGCCUGAGCGGCAGGGAGCGGUGCCCGGCCCGCGGCCAUGCGGGACCGGCUGCGGACCUGACGGCGCGCCAGAAGAGUGAUGAAGAGGGAUGACGGGGACACGGUGGUCGUGGCUGAGAAGGACCACUUCAUGGACGACUUCUUCCACCAGGUCGAGGAGAUCAGGAACGGCAUAUCUAAGAUAGCUCAGUACGUGGAGGAAGUAAAGAAAAACCACAGCAUCAUUCUGUCUGCACCAAACCCCGAGGGAAAAAUAAAAGAGGAGCUUGAAGAUCUGAACAAAGAAAUCAAGAAAAUUGCUAAUAAAAUCUGCGUCAAGUUAAAGUCCAUCGAGCAGAGCUUGGAGCAGGAUGGGAACAGGCCCCGCACGUCUGUGGACGCCUGGAUCCGGAGGAGCCAGCACUCCGUGCUCUCCCGGAAGUUCGUGGACGUGAUGGCCGAGUUCAACGAAGCCCAGACGGUCUUUUGGGAUCGCAGCAAGGGGCGCAUCCAGCGGCAGCUGGAGAUCACUGGGAAGACGACCACAGACGAGGAGCUGGAGACCAUGCUGGAGAGCGGGAACCCCUCCAUCUUCACCUCCGACUCACACAGCACAAGACAGGCCCUCAACGAGAUCGAGUCGCGGCACAAGGACAUCAAGAGGCUGGAGACCAGCAUCCGCGAGCUGCACGAGAUGUUCAUGGGCAUGGCCAUGUUCGUGGAGACACAGGGUGAAAUGAUCAACAACAUAGAGAAGAACGUCAUGAACACGGCGGACUACGUGGAACACGCCAAGGAGGAGACGAAGAAAGUCAUCAUGUACCAGAGCAAAGCGCGCAGGAAAAAGUGGAUCCCGGUGGCCGUGGCGGUGGUGCUGGUCGCUGUCGUGGCUCUGAUUAUUGGCUUAUCGGUUGGCAAGUGAGGCUGCGGAUCACGCCAGGGUGCAUGCCUCUGCAGGCACGGCAAAAAUGAUGUGCGUUGUUAUUUGUGUAAUUAUUUUGCUUGUGAUCCUUGGAAUUAUCCUAGCAACAACAUUGUCAUAGCAACCGUAGCCCACGAGCCCUUAGUCCCUGGAGUCAGCCCUCCCACGUCUGCAGCAAGCCAGCCUCCCACGUGGCGCACGAGCCCCGGGCGUGGCAGCCGUGGCACCGAGUGCGCUGAAGGACACGGAGAAUGCCGCCCGCAGCCCGGAUGCGAUGCGUUAGCCCCGCAUCCUUGGCUCCAUAAACAGCACGCCGCAAACCUUCAGGAAUGUGAAACAAUGGCCUUAAGAUAGGAAUUAUUGACAUUUUCAAUUUUUUAUAUUUCAGUGUUAAGACUAUUUGUAUGUAGCGUUUCAUGAGGAAUAUUUUAUGUUUGAAGCCACGCGAUUCCAGGUCUGAGACUUGGUGCCCUACCCCCUGGCUCACAAGCUCCCUGACGCUUUUGUACCGUUUCCUUCGUGUUUACUGUUUGCUAGGAAAUCCUCGUUAUUAUCACAGAGCUGUUUUGUAAGAUAUCUAUGAUGUUAAAUGUUUAUAAAUUAACUGUUUAAUAUAUUAACCUCUUAGUUUACCCCAUUUUUAUAUAUUAAAUGCUGCCUUUUGAAAGGAAAACAAAAAAA